UAGUCAAGUCUGGAGGGUGAUUUCCCUUUCAGUUCACUUGCCUUUCAGUUCUGGGGAAAUUAGAAGAUUUGUUCUUUCCCUCUGCUUCUUAGAAUGGGCUGCAAUUUGUGCACUUUUCAGAAAAGAGAGGAGCACUAUAAACUGCUGUAUGAAGUUUCCCAGGUCAACGGGAAGGAUCUCUCAAAGGCCACCCAUGAAGAAGCAGUGGAAGCGUUUCGAAAUGCCAAGGAGCCCAUUGUGGUGCAGGUGUUAAGGCGAACGCCGCUCAGCCGGCCAAGUUAUGGCACGGCCCCGGAAGUGCAGCUCAUGAAUGCUAGCACCCAGACCGACAUCACUUUUGAACACAUCAUGGCUCUGGCUAAGCUUCGGCCACCCACCCCUCCAGUGCCAGACAUCUGUCCAUUUCUGCUCUCAGACAGCUGCCAUUCUCUUCAUCCUAUGGAGCAUGAAUUUUAUGAGGACAAUGAGUAUCUUUCCAGCUUGCCUGCUGAUGCAGACAGAACAGAGGACUUUGAAUACGAGGAGGUCGAGUUGUGUCGUGUUAGCAGCCAAGAGAAGCUGGGCCUGACAGUCUGUUACCGAACAGAUGAUGAAGAAGACACUGGCAUUUAUGUCAGUGAGGUAGAUCCAAACAGCAUUGCUGCCAAAGAUGGCCGGAUUCGAGAAGGGGAUCGUAUUUUACAAAUAAAUGGGGAAGAUGUCCAGAACCGAGAAGAAGCGGUGGCGCUGCUGUCUAGCGAUGAGUGUAAAAGGAUCGUACUGCUUGUUGCAAGGCCAGAGAUGCAGCUGGAUGAAGGCUGGCUGGAAGAUGAAAGGAAUGAAUUCUUAGAGGAGUUAAACUUGGAGAUGCUGGAAGAACAGCAUGAUAUAGCAAUGCAGCACACUGCCACUGAGGUGGAGCAGCCAAAAAAACAAGAAGAAGAAGAAGGCACAACAGACACAGCGACAUCCUCAUCUAACAACCAUGAAAAGGACAGUGGAGUGGGGCGCACAGACGAAAGUUUGCGAAAUGAUGAGAGCUCAGAGCAAGAGAACACAGCGGAGGACCCCAACAGCACCUCUCUGAAGAGCAAGAGAGAGCUGGGGCAGAGCCAAGACACUCUAGGAAGCGUUGAGCUUCAGUACAAUGAGAGCUUCGUGUCUGGUGAGUACAUUGACUCAGACUGCAUUGGCCACCAAGAUGAGGACUGUGAAAGAUUCCGGCAGCUCUUGGAGCUCAAAUGCAAGAUUCGAAACCAUGGAGAGUAUGACCUGUAUUACUCGAGCAGCACAAUUGAAUGCAAUCGAGGGGAGCAAGAGGGAGUAGAGCAUGAGCUCCAGUUGCUGAACGAAGAGCUCAGAAACAUUGAGCUUGAGUGCCAGAAUAUCAUGCAGGCUCACAGGCUCCAGAAAGUGACAGACCAGUAUGCAGACAUCUGGGCACUGCAUGAUGGAGGAUUCCGAAAUUAUAACACCAGCAUAGACAUGCAAAGGGGAAAACUAGAUGACAUCCUCGAACAUCCAGAGAAGUCAGACAAGGACAGUUCUAGUGCUUACAAUACAGCUGAGAGCUGCAGAAGUACUCCACUAACUGUAGACCGUUCCCCUGACAGUUCCCUUCCAAGAAUGAUCAACCUCACCAAUAAGAAAAACCUGAGAAGCACAGUGGCAGCCCAUCAGUCCUCUUCUGGACAGAGCAGUAAAGAGUCGACCUCCACCAAAGCCAAAACCUCUGAACAAGGGUAUGGCCUGGAAGGAAAGGAGAAGGUUUUGGAAAGUAGCAAGUUGCCUGAUCAAGAGAAGACAGUGAGCGAGCACAUCCCUUACCUCUCUCCUUACCACAGUUCCUCAUACAGAUACGCACACAUCCCAGCACACGCCCGGCAUUAUCAAAGCUACAUGCAGUUAAUUCAACAGAAGUCCGCAGUCGAGUAUGCUCAGAGUCAGCUCAGUUUGGUGAGCAUGUGCAAGGAGUCUCAGAAGUGUUCAGAGCCUAAGAUGGAGUGGAAGGUGAAAAUUCGGAGUGAUGGGACACGGUACAUAACCAAGAGACCAGUGCGAGACCGAAUUCUGAAGGAACGUGCCUUAAAAAUCAAGGAGGAGCGGAGUGGUAUGACGACAGACGACGACACCAUGAGCGAGAUGAAAAUGGGGCGCUACUGGAGCAAAGAAGAGAGAAAGCAACACCUGGUUCGGGCCAAAGAGCAGCGUCGGCGGCGAGAGUUCAUGAUGCGGAGCCGGCUCGAGUGUCUCAAGGAGAGCCCUCAGAGCGGCAGCGAGGCCAAGAAGGAGAUCAACAUCAUUGAACUGAGUCACAAAAAGAUGAUGAAAAAGAGAAACAAGAAAAUUUUGGACAACUGGAUGACAAUCCAAGAACUGAUGACCCAUGGGGCCAAGUCUCCUGAUGGCACGAGAGUUCAUAAUGCCUUUUUGUCAGUCACCACUGUAUGACCGAAUGAAGAACGCAACUGAUUUUAAAAGGGUGCUACCAGUUUCGGUAGAGUUUGAUUGCCUCGUUCAAUGUGGCGUUUUAUAUAUAU